AUGUGCUUCGCCGCCGCCUGCUGGGUCUCCCCUCUGGCCUCGGUCACAGGAGGCAAAGCCGGCCUGGACUCAGACGCCGUGUUCUCAGGAUUCCAGCACGUGGCAUCCGGGCUGUCAGCCAUGCUUCGCUACCAAAGUGACUGUCACUGCUUUACACUCAGGCCUGGGGGCUCCGUGACAGCCCCAGGGAGUGGGCACACUCGCAAAAAUGUCCUUCCCGUGCCCCACCGGGAAGUGCUCCAACCCCCUCAGACUGGGGACAGCGCGGGGAGUGUGGGCAAGACCCCGGGGACUGAUCGUGAUGAGUGUGGGCGAGACCCUGGAGGCAGGACAGAGCCCGCCCCCUGGCCCCGGCCGCUAGUCCCCAGCUCGCAGAAGGCGCUGCUGCUCGAGCUCAAGGGGCUGCAGGAGGAGCCGGUGGAGGGCUUCCGGGUGACGCUGGUGGACGAGGGCGACCUGUACAACUGGGAGGUGGCCAUCUUCGGGCCCCCCAACACUUACUACGAGGGCGGCUACUUCAAGGCACGUCUCAAGUUCCCCAUCGACUACCCGUACUCGCCUCCAGCCUUCCGGUUCCUGACCAAGAUGUGGCACCCCAAUAUCUACGAGACGGGGGACGUGUGCAUCUCCAUCCUCCACCCCCCGGUUGACGACCCCCAGAGUGGAGAGCUGCCCUCCGAGCGGUGGAACCCCACCCAGAACGUCAGGACCAUCCUCCUCAGCGUGAUCUCCCUGCUCAACGAGCCUAACACCUUCUCGCCCGCCAACGUGGACGCCUCUGUGAUGUACAGGAAGUGGAAGGAGAGCAGGGGCAGGGACCGGGAGUACACAGACAUCAUCCGGAAGCAGGUCCUGGGGACCAAGGUGGACGCGGAGCGUGACGGCGUGAAGGUGCCCACGACGCUGGCCGAGUACUGCGUGAAGACCAAGGCACCAGCACCUGAUGAGGCCGACCUCUUCUACGAUGACUACUACGAGGACGGGGAGGUGGAGGCGGCCGACAGCUGCUUCGGGGACGACGACUCUGGCACCGAGGACUCCUGACACCCGUCCCACUGAAAUAAACUUACAGAGCUUUA